ACUAGCUUUUCCAAUUUCCCCCUUCCCCUCCCCUCCCCUCCCCAUUUCUCCUUCCCCCCCUCCCUCUCUCUCCCUCCCUUCCUCGGUUCGUCCCUCCCUCCCUCUCUCCCUUACACUUGAUCUGCUGGGAGACUUUUCUGCUGGCUCUCCCGGGCUUCCCCCUGCCCCCUCCCCCAAACCCAACACUGAUCCUAAAGCUUGUGUAAUUAUUGGUGGUUGUUUGUUUCUCUUGGCCCCGAACGGGAAUCGCGGGACCUAUAUAAAAGGGGCUACGUGUUCGGAUUUUUUGUUGUUGUCGUUUCUAAAAGUUGAGUGGAGACGAGGGAGGACGAUGUCAAACGUGCGUAUUUCUGAUGGGAGCCCGACCCUCGAGCGGAUGGAAGGCAGGCCGGCGGAGUACCCCAAACCCUCAGCUUGCCGCAACCUCUUCGGCCCAGUGAACCAUGAAGAUUUAACGCAGGACUUAAAGAAGCAUUGCAGGGACAUCGAGGAGGAUUGCCAGCGCAAGUGGAACUUUGACUUUCGGAAUCACAAGCCCUUGGAGGGGAGUUAUGAGUGGCAACCUGUGGAGAAAGACAGUUUGCCCGAGUUUUAUUUCAGGCCCCCGCGGAACCCCAAAGGGGGAUGCCAGGGUCCCGUCCAGGAGAACGGGGAUCUUAACGGAGUGCGCCCAGCGGGGUUUUUUAUUGCUUCUCAGGGAAUCUCAGAGGACACCCACUUAAGAGAUCAAAAAACUGAGGGUGCAUCCGAAAGCCAGACGAGUUUGGCAGACCAGUGCACAGAGAGGAGGAAACGACCGGCCACGGAUGAAUUAAGAAUGUGUCCUUGUUCACUGGAUAUACCGGAGCGUGAUGAAACAAGGAAGAUAUAAAUUAAAAUUUAAGAAUACAUAUCGAUGACUUUAUGGAAUGGAUAUCCUAUAUAAGCACUGAAAAGUACCAACACAAUAACACUAAAAUUGUAGGCACUCUCAAAAGAUGUGCCUCUAAAAGCAUUGGAUGUAGCAUCAUGCAAUUAGGUUUUUCCUUAUUUGCUUCAUUGUACUACCUGUGUAUAUAGUUUUUAUCUUUUAUGUAGCACAUAAACUUUGGGAAGGGGGGGCAGUAGGGUGGGUUAAGAUAUGAAGAAAAUGGAAAACUUGCUUCAAAUUAUAUAGCAAGAAUAUAAAUGACUUGCAUGAAAAGAAGCAACCUUGGGUUGGGGGUGGUGGUUAAGCUUUUUCUUUAAAGAUGUAAUAUCCCUUUCAGUGAGAUCUGAUAUUUCUUUUUUUUUUAAUUGCAACAAUUAAAACAGUCAACAGUUGAUUACUGUUUAUUAUAUUAUACUUAUUAAGAAUCAGGAACUCUGGUGUGUCCAUUAUGUUAGAGCAAAGGCUUUUUUCAAAGGAGGGUUAUAAAAUGGAAACCUCUUUAAAGUGAAGUAAUUAUCCAGUUAAUUAAGGCUUAAGCAAACAAUCCACAGAAUUCAGUUAAAAAAAUUGGGUUCUGAAUGAUCAGAAUUGGCAAUCUGUAUUUAUCAGAUAAACCAGAAAAUUGUCUAUGCAGUCCCUUCAUUUUGUGCUUGUAAACAAAGCUUAAAUAAUGCUCUUUGGGUAUUUAAAAAAAAAAGAAUCUUGAGAUUCAAGAUAAAAAAUAAUGGAAUGCAUUUUAAUUUUAAAUUUCUCAUUCUCUCCUGGCUAUUUUACCCAGAGGAAUGUGAUGUGUUUGAGGGAAGGGGAAAAUGGGAUCUGAGUGGUUGCUGGUGGAAGAGGGAAAUGGAUACUGCAUCUUUAAACAGUAUUUCUACAAUUGCUGUAUGUGUAAGAAACAUUUUUAAAAGUGUACCUGUGUACAUAACUCUGUAAAGACACUGAGAAAAUUAUACUAACUUAUUUAUGUUAAAAAAGAUUUUUUUUAAAAUCUAGAAGAUAUAAAAGCCAAAGUGGCAUGUUUUGUGCAUUUGUAAAUGCUCUGAUGGGUAGGCUUUAGGGAUUUUUUUUCUUCUGUUAAAUAAUAUGGCUGUGCUUAAAGAAUUGCCUACUGAGCCAAGUAUAACUUUUUUGUAAUGUGUAAUUGUUCCCUAUCAAUCAAUCAAUCAAUAAAACUGCCAUAGCUAUUAAAUGAGUUGUACCGAUGUGGUUGCUCCUUGGAGCUAUUACACCUGAUACUGCAAUGGCCUUAAUAACACACACCUUGAAUCAGCAAAGGAUCUACAACAUACAGGGCCAGAUUUGAAUAAAUGUUAUAUUGAUCAGAA